AUGGCCCAAUCCGUACAAUCUGGUCUGAGAGGAAGCAUAGUAAGGGAAACAAGUGGAGGUGAAGGAAAAAGAUUGGAAGUGGUCCUGGACAGUGACGAAGCAAAGGAUGCUACGAAAAGAAACUUUGAUGAGAGAAUCUCUAGAAUUGAUGAGUUUGCAGUGGAGCAUACUUGGGUUGUGUUGCAGGCUCCCAAUAUAUCUGUGAAGGUGAAGGUGAAGGUGAAGCUGUGA